AGCCAGCGAAGUAUCUCUCCUCCCACACGGCUUGUUCCUUUGCACGUUUCUUUCCUGUGAACGCGUGUGUGUGUGUGUGUGUUUCCCGUGUCGUGGUCGUGCUCUCCGUCCUGCGCUGAUGUUUGAAGGGGGACGAAAGGUGGACGCUGCACACACACAGAUCCGCACCGCCACGUCAACGCCAAAAUCAGCAAAACAAUAUUUAGUAAUUAAAAAAAAAAUGUCUCUCCCCCUCGUGCAGUAUGGAUCUUCUGGGGUGAGCAGCGCCAUCCGGCGCCGCGGUGCCGCGGCAGCGGUGGAGGCAGCGGCGGUGAUGUGCAACAGCAGCGGCCAAAGCGGCCUCUCAAGUCGUCUUCCGCGCCCGCGGCUCCACCAACGGCGCUCGUACGCGACCGAACCGGGACACGCCGCAUCUCGCUCAUCCUCUGCCGACGCAGAGCACGUCUUCACCAGCACGUUCGGGUCGAGUCUGACAGCCGCAACAACAGCGUCCUCCGUCGACGACGCGCCACACCAUCAGCAGGUUGAGGCGUUGUUUGCCCAACAAUUCGAUGUCAGUGCCGCCGGUGUCCAUCACGGGCGUCCGCUUCGUCGUCAUUACGAACAGCAGCAGCAAUACGGCGCGUUCUCUGCGGCAGGCCACCCCACCGCCUUCCCCAUCCCGGCGUCUUCCUUCGUUGACUCCACCGCAUCGAAGGACAAAUCGAAGGUGACUGGUCGGUGGGGCGGCCUGUGGCGCCUCCUCACCGGCGGCCGCUACGCAGGCGUCCCCACAAGGACCAAUGCGCCACACCAACACCACGGCGGAGUCCACCGCACACGCCGGGGUGCUGCGGUGAAAGGCGGUGCUGCCGCCGCGCCGGCAACGUCUGUACCCGCCUACAACACCCACACUGGCGCUUUUACGGCUGCUCCGCCAGCCGCGGGACACGUUCAUGCAUCACCGCCACCGCCACCACCACCGGCGCUGCAGCGCUACUGGCGCAGCUACCACCUCUGGCAGUCGGUACAUCAGCAUGUGCAGAACGAAGGCAACGUGCUGGAGGGCAUUCGAGCUCAAAUGCGCAGCCUGAAGACGGCCCAGCAAGCAGAGCUGCGCGCUCAGCUGCGCAGCACCACUCGGUGGACCGUCUUUGUAGUGAUGCCGCUGCUGACGGUGCUGUGGGGUUACAUUUUUCUAGACAGCCUGUGGUACCGGUCAGAGGUACUGCAGCUGCGGAUGGUCAAUUACGAUGCCGUGUUGGCGGAGCUCGAGGCGGCGUCGGAGACGGGGCGGAAGGCCUGGCGGGGACAGAAGGGUGGUGCGCCGAAUAAUAAUAAGAGUAUUCGCAUUGAUUAG